AUGAGUCAAAAGCAACAACAACACCAGCUGCAACAACAGCUGCAGGCGCGUCAACAACAAGCACUGCUGCAACUGCAACAACCACUACAACAGCCACAGCGUCAGAGGCGAGGGUCAUCGCAUUUACCUAGACUGUCGCGAAUAGAAGAAGCAAUUGCCUUGAGCGACUCUCGGCCAUCAUCAUCUAACUUUAUCAAAAGAAAUACCAGCUCCUUAUCGCCGGGAAACUCAGAAAUUAAACCUAAACCAUUUGUGCUUGAAAUCACUAAUGUCGCUCUGAUUACCACAGAAGAUGAGAUUGAGCAGUUGCUACUGCAAACUGUUAGUACUGAAAGUUUUAAAGUUUUAAAAGUUUUCAAAACAACCCCAGCGAAAGUUAUUGUGAGAAUUGAGAGCAUAGUUGAAUGCAAUAACCUUAUACGAGUAUUGAAUGGGUCUCAGUGGAAGGGCCGAACUCUCAACGUUCAACUCAACCUCGAUGCAACCGAAAAAUCUUCAGUACCAGGGGACUCAAAUGAGACAUUCAAGCCUGAGUUCAAUCGGUCUUAUGUUCCGCCACAAUAUCGUCAACCAUCAUUACUGCGGAAAAACAAUUCAUUCUACAGGUCACAAAAGUCAACGGAUUCGACAGCAUGGUCAUCAUUUGACUCUCGCAGAUCAACGGGGAGAAGCUCCACAAUCAGUAGCCACGCGAGUUCUAUAUUUUCCAGCCAUGGACAUCGACAAUCAAGCAAUUUGUCAACCAUUUCAUCAGACGGCCUGGUUUCAGGAAAGCUGUCUGUGCCACCAUUGUCGAUACCUGAACGUCAACAAUCGGAACCAUCUGUUGAUAAGACGGAAGAGGUGGGGGAGGGAAGGAACGACAUACAGCAAGUUGAAGAUCAACCAGACACAAAUGCCACAAACCCAAUAGAUGGCGAUCUUAUUGAGAUCCCUAUUGGUGAAGGCAAUAAUCCAGAACAAUUGAUAAAAGUUUGCCCCACACGUUUGUUUGUGGGCAAUGUGCCGUACACUUCGAAUUGGGCUUCAUUGAGAAAGUUUUUCAUUGAAAAAGCCAAUGAGCUUGAUCCAGAUAAUGAGAUAUCUAUACUUCGAGUUGAAAUUCCCAUUCAACAAAUGACCUUAAAUGAAGGUUUAUUUUAUGGACAAAUUGGCCAGCCUCAAAUUGUAUCCAGAAGUAGGGGAUUUGCAAUAGUAACAACCAAAGACAGAGCUUCGUCGGAAAAGCUUAUUGAGUUGUUUAACAAUGUCGAAUUUGAAGGGCGUCCUUUAACGAUACGAUAUGACAAGUUUCCUCAGUUUAACAAUUACGUUAUACAACAACUUCAUCGUGGACCGAGACAAAACUCAGCUAUGUACGGAAGACCAUACAGCAGUUCUGACCUUACAAUGAACAAUGAUCCAUCUUCCCCAGGGUACCAACAGAUGCCACCACCACCGCCACCACCAACACAACUACUACCUGGGGGUCAAUACAUUCCCCAACAAGUGUUGUCUCCAUACAAUGCACACCAAAAAUUCUCAACCAACCCAACCGGUACAUCGUUAUUGAGUAACUUGGCCUUUGAGCGAAACCUGUUACAACAAAAGAUUUAUUACGGAAACCCCGCGAGCCAGCAGCAACCACCUUACUCAACAAAUGCCCCAGUCAUUCAACCACGCCCACCACCACAACCAUCAGCAGCACAGCAACCAUUCAUGACGCAAUCGCAAAAUCCUCUACCAUCAUCAAAUUCGAACCAGAACGUUCUUGCUUCAGGAUACUAUUUCAUGCCAUAUUAUUACCAAGCUCCACCUUCGCAUCCACCGACUCUACCAGGGUCAAACGCUUACCAACCCCAGCCAUAUGGAAUCCCGGUUUCCGCCACCCCGUCCCUGGUACCCGUUCAUGUCCCAUUUCAGGCGCAUUCAGCCUCCACAUACAAUGAGCGACACAGCGUAGCUGCUCAAGAUAAAGUAAAGGUACAAUCCGGAAAUUCAGGAGUCAAUCAGGACUCACCAGAGCUGCGCCAACUGCAGCAACAACAACAACAACAGCAACAGCAACAGCAACAGCAACAGCAACAGCAACAGCAACAGCAACAGCCCACUAGCGAGCUUUUUCAAAAGAUGACACUCAAUGAAGAUUGA